CAUAUGCUAAUUGUCCUAUUCUUCAUGUCUUGCUACAGUUAACCAAAUUGCUAGAUGACCAUAUGACUUAGGAAAAUUCCAUGGUUAUUGUUUGGUAGUGAUUGAAAAUUAUGCAUUGAAUGCAUAAAUUUUGACAAGUAUAAGGAUACGUUUCACACAAUAAUUUGUUAAGUUUUCAAUUUCAGCUUGAGAACAUUGACUCAAACAUAAAAUCAUACAAGUUAUAUAAUCCAAUAGCUUCACAAUAAGACAUUACAGAUUGAACAACCAGUGUGGCAGUGACCAUUCAAAUCUUGUCUUCAGAGUGAAGGUCACUGUUUCAAUGGAUUCUCCAACUCAUAAAGAAACAGAAAGAAACCAGAUAACGCCUUUAGACGAUGAAGCACCGAAUGCUUACAAAGUUGCAAUUCCUCCGAAACAGAAUUUAUUCAAGGAAUUCAAAUAUACUGUUAAAGAAACAUUCUUUGCUGAUGAUCCUCUAAGAUCCUUCAAAGAUCAAACCAAGUCAAGAAAGUUUAUCCUUUGUAUCGAGGCCAUAUUCCCAAUAUUUAGUUGGGGGAGAGGCUAUAAUCUUAAGAAGUUUAGGGGAGAUAUAAUUGCUGGUCUCACUAUUGCAAGUCUUUGCAUACCUCAGGAUAUUGGAUACUCGAAGCUUGCGCAUUUGGCUCCGCAGUAUGGACUGUACUCGAGCUUUGUUCCGCCGCUGAUUUAUGCGUUCAUGGGGAGUUCUCGCGAUAUAGCUAUAGGACCGGUGGCAGUGGUUUCUCUCUUGAUGGGGACUUUGCUUAGUAAUGAGAUUGAUCCUGUUACUCAUAAAGAAGAAUAUCAAAGACUUGCUUUUACAGCCACGUUUUUCGCUGGGAUUACUCAAGCAACUCUUGGGAUUUUCAGGUUAGGAUUCUUGAUUGACUUCCUAUCCCAUGCUGCUAUUGUUGGUUUUAUGGGAGGUGCUGCCAUUACAAUUGGCCUACAACAGCUAAAGGGUUUUCUUGGCAUUAAAACCAAAAUGUUCACAACAAAAACCGAUAUUGUCUCCGUGCUGCAUUCAGUGUUCGCAUCAGCCAAACAUGGAUGGAACUGGCAUACUAUAUUAAUCGGAGCUAGCUUUUUGUGUUUUCUUCUGCUCGCCAAGUUUAUCGGAAAGAAGAACAAUAAAUUCUUCUGGGUGCCAGCAAUUGCUCCGUUGAUUUCCGUUGUUCUGUCCACUUUUUUCGUAUUCUUAACACGCGCAGAUAAGCAAGGAGUAGAAAUUGUAAAUCAUAUAGAGAAAGGGAUCAAUCCUUCAUCUGUUCAUGAUAUUUAUUUUAGCGGCGAAUACCUUGGGAAAGGAUUUAAAAUCGGUGUCACGGCAGGCAUGAUAGCACUGACUGAAGCCAUAGCUAUUGGAAGAACUUUUGCAUCUAUGAAGGACUAUCAACUCGAUGGAAACAGAGAAAUGGUUGCAUUAGGAACAAUGAAUGUUGUUGGUUCGAUGACUUCAUGUUAUGUGGCAACCGGUUCUUUCUCUCGGUCGGCGGUAAACUACAUGGCUGGCUGCCAAACUGCGGUAUCUAAUAUUGUGAUGUCUGUGGUUGUUUUCUUAACGCUGCAAUUCCUAACUCCUCUUUUUAAGUACACUCCAAACGCCAUUCUCGCGGCAAUCAUCAUUUCUGCUGUCAUCAGCCUUAUAGACUAUCAGGCAGCAAUUUUGAUUUGGAAGAUCGAUAAAUUCGAUUUCAUUGCUUGCAUGGGAGCAUUCUUUGGGGUCGUUUUCGUCUCGGUUGAGAUAGGACUUCUAAUUGCUGUUUCUAUAUCUUUUGCGAAAAUCCUAUUACAAGUGACAAGGCCAAGAACUGCUAUUUUGGGGAAGAUUCCUCGGACAACUGUCUAUAGAAACAUCCAACAAUAUCCAGAAGCUAGUAGGAUUCCAGGUGUAAUGAUUGUAAGAGUUGAUUCCGCAAUAUAUUUUUCCAACUCCAACUAUGUUAAAGAAAGGAUAUUAAGAUGGUUAACGGAUGAAGAAACUGUGAAAGGAGACUACCACACAAGAAUUCAGUUUUUGAUAGUUGAAAUGUCACCUGUUACUGAUAUUGAUACAAGUGGCAUCCAAGCCUUUGAAGAGUUACAUAGAAGUCUUGAAAAAAGAAGUGUUCAACUUGUUCUGGCAAAUCCUGGUUCAGCAGUGACAGACAAACUUUACACAUCAAAUUUUGCUAACAUAAUAGGCCAAGACAAGAUUUUCCUCACAGUUGCAGAGGCUGUUGCAUAUUGUUCUCCAAAGCUGGAUGUGAAUCCAUGAAAAAUUCAUCAAGAGAGAAAAUUGGGUUUGUGAGAAUGAAAUAGACAUUGGCAUAGUGAUUUUCAUUUCAGCUUAGAAGAUGGUAGCAAAGUCAAAAGGAUAAAGAUACAAAAGAUGGGAUAUGAUAUGAUAUGAUAUCACUAACUAAAGUUAGUAAAAAGGGGACUAUAUAGUAUAUAUCCGAUACUGAAAAAUAGUGCUACAAGGAUCCUUAUCCUAAAGUCAGGAAAUUAAAUAAUUCAAACAUAAAAGGUGCAUGAAUUGUGCACUCACAAUAAUCAUUAACUAGUCCCCUAGUUUUGUCAUUGUGAUAUAUAUGUAUUAUCCUUAGAAAGCUAACAUGGGUAUGUAACUAUGUAUCU